UGUAUAUUGUGAUUUUCCAGCUAAAAGUAUUUGUCUUUCUGUAUUAUAUAAAUUCUUAUUGUAAUCUUCUAUUUCGUUUCUAUUUCUGCUCCUUUUCUUUUCUGUUGUUCCAUCAAGUCCCUUAUGGCGAGAGCAAAGAAUUUAUUUCCCAUCUGUACGAAGAGGAAGUACGACGCUGACCAUUUAUGAGCUCCCAAGAUUUUCCCGCGAAACUGGAAUUCUCUUUUGAUCAGUUUCCCAGAAACCCAUUUUGCCUUCUAGAUCUCUAGCGUCGACCACUUUUUUCAAUUCUUCAUACGUCUCCUAUUUUUGUUUUCACAUUGGAGGAAUUGUAUUUUCUGGGGAGUAGUUUCAGUUUGAAAGUGUCGCAUUCUCAGUUCAAGCCAAGAGGCCGAAUGCGCGUCAAAGAGUCGCCCCUCAGGAAAGUCAAAAUACGAGAUCCAAAACAAGUCUGCCUUCAAACCUUACCCUUUCCGUUAUCCUUCUGAGGAAAGUUCAGAUGUAGGAAUCUUCGUACAUGUCCCUAAUCUUCGGAUAUAUUAUGUGCUUGUGGUGCGGCCUGUCAUAUAAUUGGUUUAUUUACGAGGCUGUAUGAGAGAUUUUAUGCUUCCGGGUGUUGUUGGUUUGGAGCGGAGAUUACAUUUGGUGUUAAGGAUACGUGGAGUCGUACAAGUUACCUGUUUUGUCUGAACCCGUGUGCUCUCUCUUCCAUUAGAGACUCUCCUUUGUAUUCCUUCCAUUUUGCUUGUUCUCUCAAAAUAUUUAUUUUCUUUUUUCUGGUGUGUUUUUCGGUCAUAUUUCUUUUCUAGUACUUGUCGUCGGGGUUCUGGCGUGGAACUUUUUCUGUGUUCUGUUUUUUGUAGACUGAUAUUGCUUCUUUUUCUUUUUUUUUUUCCCUUUCUGGGCUUUUUCGUUAAAAAAUUGCGUCUUUUCGGGAGGAUUGUAGUAAUUUUUUUUUUUCCUAUGGGUUAAGUAAAGAAGCUGUAUUUUCCAUAGAGGAAAUACUCUUCUAGGAGAGAAUUUGGGUCUUCUGACAUAUUUGGGGGGUGGUGUUGGUAUUUGUUACGAUACUCGAAGUCGAAGAAGCUGAAUUUAGCAGUGAGGGAAUUUGGUUUAAAAGGAGAAAAUUGUUAUACUUGCUCGUGGGCUCUGUGUUUCUCUGACAUUGGUGUGGGAGCUGGCGAGAGCUUGCACUUCUAGUUGUAGAGGAAUAAAGAUGAGAGGGGGUAAAAGGAGAAAGCUGAAUUUCAGCAAACUCUACUCAUUCAGAUGUGGGAAGGCAUCUUUGAAGGAUGAUGACCAUUCGCAGAUCGGGGGUCCCGGGUUUUCCAGGGUCGUUUAUUGCAACGAACCGGACAGCUUUGAGGCCGGGAUUCGAAAGUAUGUUGGCAAUUAUGUUAGGACUACAAAGUAUACCGUUGCCACUUUCUUGCCUAAGUCUUUGUUUGAGCAGUUUAGGAGGGUAGCUAACUUUUACUUCUUGGUUACUGGCAUUUUGGCCUUCACCCCGCUCGCGCCUUAUACAGCCGUUAGUGCUAUCCUCCCUCUAAUUGUCGUUAUUGGAGCAACGAUGGUGAAAGAGGGUAUUGAAGACUGGCGGCGCAAGAAGCAGGAUAUUGAGGUGAACAAUAGAAAGGUUAAAGUGUAUCAACGUGAUGGAAUUUUUGAUUAUACUGAAUGGAAGAACCUGAGAGUGGGAGAUAUAGUAAAGGUGGAGAAGGAUGAAUUCUUCCCGGCAGAUCUCAUCUUGCUUUCUUCCAGUUAUGAUGAUGCAAUCUGCUAUGUUGAGACCAUGAACCUUGAUGGGGAGACAAAUUUAAAACUAAAGCAAGCAUUGGAGGUUACUUCAUUCUUACACGAGGACUCCAAUUUCUUUGGUUUUAAGGCUCUUGUUAAAUGCGAAGAUCCCAAUGCAAAUUUGUACUCUUUUAUUGGAAGUAUGGAGUUUGAAGAGCAACAAUAUCCUCUCUCUCCCCAGCAACUUCUUCUUAGAGACUCUAAACUCCGAAAUACGGACUACAUAUAUGGUGCUGUUGUCUUCACUGGUUAUGACACAAAGGUUAUUCAAAAUUCUACCGACCCCCCUUCAAAGAGAAGCAAAAUUGAGAAGAAGAUGGACAGAAUUAUCUACUUCUUGUUUUGUGUUCUAUUUCUGAUGGCAUUCGUUGGAUCUAUUCUUUUUGGCAUUGCAACUGAAGAUGACUUGGAAAAUGGGAGGUCAAAAAGGUGGUAUCUUAGGCCAGAUGAUUCUACAGUUUUCUUUGAUCCCAAAAAAGCACCACUUGCGGCAUUUUUUCACUUUCUGACAGCCCUGAUGUUAUAUGGUUACUUUAUUCCAAUCUCCCUAUACGUGUCAAUAGAAAUUGUGAAAGUUCUUCAGACCAUCUUCAUCAAUCAAGAUAUUCACAUGUACUACGAAGAAGCUGACAAACCAGCACAUGCCCGUACCUCAAAUUUGAAUGAGGAACUUGGCCAAGUUGAUACAAUACUGUCUGAUAAGACCGGGACUUUGACGUGCAAUUCAAUGGAAUUCAUCAAGUGUUCUGUGGCUGGGACAGCUUAUGGUCGUGGUGUUACAGAGGUUGAAAGGGCUAUGGAUGGAAGAGAUGGCUCACCUUUGGUUAAUGAAAAAGCAAAUGAACACAUAAAGGACUCUACUGAUUCAAAGUCACCCGUAAAAGGCUUUAACUUUAAAGAUGAAAGAAUCAUGAAUGGAAACUGGGUCAAUGAGCCUCAUGCAGAAGUCAUUCAGAAAUUUUUUCGGUUGUUGGCAAUCUGUCAUACUGCCAUACCUGAAGUCGAUGAAGAGACAGGGAAGGUUUCAUAUGAAGCUGAAUCUCCGGAUGAAGCAGCAUUUGUGAUUGCAGCAAGAGAACUUGGUUUUGAAUUCUACAAGAGGACCCAGACAAGCAUAUCACUGCAUGAGUUAGAUCCUGUGUCUGGCAACAGAGUUGAAAGGUCAUAUAAACUUCUGAAUGUUUUAGAAUUUAACAGCUCAAGGAAGCGGAUGUCUGUGAUAAUAAGAAACAAGGAAGGAAAAAUAUUAAUACUUUGUAAAGGUGCUGACAGUGUCAUGUUUGGAAGGCUUGCCAAGAAUGGUAGGGAGUUUGAAGAGGAGACCAGGGAGCAUGUUAACAAGUAUGCUGAUGCUGGUCUGAGGACUUUGCUACUUGCCUAUCGUGAAGUUGGUGAAGAAGAAUACAAGGAGUUCAAUGAGAAAUUCACUGAGGCAAAAAACUCUGUUAGUGCAGAUCGGGAAACGCUGAUUGAUGAAGUAGCAGAGAAUAUUGAGAGGGAUCUAACUCUUCUUGGUGCAACUGCUGUCGAGGACAAACUCCAAAAUGGGGUUCCUAAUUGCAUCGACAAGCUUGCCCAAGCAGGAAUUAAAAUUUGGGUUUUGACUGGAGACAAGAUGGAGACUGCCAUCAAUAUUGGUUUUGCUUGUAGUCUGCUUAGACAAGGAAUGAAGCAGAUUAUAAUCAACUUGGAGAGUCCCCAAAUUCAAGCAUUGGAAAAGGCAGGAGAUAAGGCUGCCAUUUCUAAGGCAUCGAAGGAAAGUGUCCUCAGUCAGAUUACUGAAGGGAAGGCUCAACUUACUUCAUCAAGUGGGGGAUCUGACGCAUUUGCUUUAAUAAUCGAUGGGAAAUCUCUUGCUUAUGCUUUAGAGGAUAAUAUGAACAAAAUGUUUCUAGAUCUUGCAAUUCGUUGUGCAUCUGUUAUAUGCUGCCGCUCAUCACCCAAGCAGAAGGCACUGGUUACAAGGCUGGUUAAAUCUGGAACGGGCAGAACAACUUUAGCAAUUGGUGAUGGUGCCAAUGAUGUGGGAAUGCUUCAAGAAGCAGAUAUAGGGGUUGGAAUCAGUGGUGUUGAAGGAAUGCAGGCAGUCAUGUCAAGUGAUGUUGCGAUUGCUCAGUUUCGCUAUCUGGAACGUUUGCUACUUGUGCAUGGACAUUGGUGUUACAGAAGGAUCUCGUCAAUGAUAUGUUACUUCUUCUACAAAAAUGUUACAUUUGGUUUCACCCUAUUCUUAUAUGAGGCGUAUGCAUCAUUCUCUGGGCAACCAGCAUACAAUGAUUGGUUUUUGUCGCUCUAUAAUGUGUUCUUCUCGUCAAUUCCAGUGGUUGCUAUGGGCAUUUUUGAUCAGGAUGUUUCUUCUAGGUAUUGUCUCAAGUUUCCUUUGUUAUACCAAGAAGGGGUGCUGAAUGUCCUUUUCAGCUGGCGUCGAAUACUCGGCUGGAUGUUAAAUGGGUUUUGCAGUGCCUUAAUCAUUUUCUUCUUCUGCACAAAAGCACUGGAGCUCCAGGCUUUCAAUAAUGAUGGACAAACUGCUGGGAGGGAUAUUUUAGGGGGUACAAUGUAUACAUGCAUUGUUUGGGUCGUAAACUUGCAGAUUGCACUUGCCAUUAGUUACUUCACCUUGGUGCAACAUGUUGUCAUCUGGGGUUCAGUUGCUAUCUGGUACCUUUUCCUCUUGGCAUAUGGAGCCAUGUCUCCUACAACUUCAACCACUGCUUACAAACUCUUAAUUGAAGACCUUGCCCCAGCCACCUCUUUUUGGCUUGUCACUCUCGUUGUGGUGAUCUCAACCCUAAUACCAUACUUUUCGUACUCGGCAAUUCAGAUGCACUUCUUUCCAAUGUACCAUGAAAUGAUUCAGUGGAUAAGGCAUAAUGGCCAAUCAAAAGAUCCUGAGUAUUGUGAUCUGAUGCGGCAGAAUUCGUUGCGGCCAACAACUGUAGGCUUCACGGCGCGCAUAGCAGCAAGGACUAAAUAACCACCACAGGUGAUAUUUGUGAAUUUGUUCCGGCAUUGUUAGCUGUCAAAGAAUGCAGGUCAUAAAUAUCUUGCUGAAACUUUGAAAUUUGCCUUCUGCGUGCAACUCCACUUGACAUGAGCUAUUUAUUAGCUUACUAGCACUUCGAUUUAAGGUACGCCGCAGAGAUCACAGCUGCAAGAUGACCAUGUACAGAAGAAAGAAGCAUUACUCAUCUGUAACGUAUCUUGUAUGGAUAAAAUGGCCCCAAAUAUUGUCAAAAAGUUUAUACUCCUGGCCACCUGAGGUUACAUCUGUUGCUUAUACCAUGCAUUUUUGUAUAUAAUUGUUGUGAGUAAAUGUCAUACAGAACGGAGCAAAUUCAAUGUAGGGUUGGAUAGUGUUGCUCCUUGUUAUAUAAAAAGAAAAAAGCACGCUCGACGUUUUUCCUGCAAUACUAUUUUUUUUAAGUUCUAAGAACAUGUACUUCUGCUUCUGGAAUCUGGUUUGUGCCAUACGUAAAUGUAGAUACAUUCCUUGAUUCA